AUGGGUGCCUCAAAGUAUGUUGUCCUCUAUCUCGGGGACGAUAUCAAGUACAACCACGACGUGUACGGGCAAUUCUCGUCAGUUUUCGACAUAAUCCAGCCAUCGGCAGAGGAAAGAGAAAGACCAGAGUUUAUUCGCGCUCUCAAAGAAAAGCGAUGGGGCAAUUUCCACGCGAUAUUCAGACCUUUCUGGAACAGUGGCGGCGAGAUGGGCCGUUGGGACGCGGAGCUGAUCUCUCUACUCCCGGACUCGGUCAAAAUCAGCACAUCGGCUGGCGCGGGAUAUGACUGGGUAGAUGUUGAUGUUUUCGCAAAGAGAGGGAUCCUGUAUUGCAACGGAGCCGCCGCGUCGUCGGAAUCCGUCGCCGACAUGGCGCUUUUCUUGAUCUUGGCCGUAUUCAGAAACCUGGCCUGGUCGCACCAAGCGGCAUAUUCAUUAAGCCCACAGCUCUUUCACGAUGCCCACACAAACUCUCCGUUGUCUGCUUAUAACCCUCGUGGACGAACCCUGGGAAUUGUGGGCAUGGGCCAAAUCGGCUACACCAUCGCCAAAAAGGUGUACGCCGGACUCGGAAUGAAGAUUCAAUACAACGAUCUGUUCCGCAAAAGCAAGGAGCAAGAAGCCAGCGUCGAAGCCACCUAUUUCGCCAACCUGGAUGACCUGCUCGGCAACUCGGACUGCGUGGUGAUCGCAACCCCGUUCGCAGGCCGGAAACUGAUCACGGCGGAACGCUUGCAGAAAUUCAAGAAGCAGUCACGGUUUAUCAACAUUGCGCGGGGUUCGCUUGUGGAUGAGGAGGCACUUCUCGCCAGCCUGGAAAGUGGGCAUUUGGUUGCUGCUGGUCUGGAUGUCCACGCGGCAGAACCCUCAGUUCAUCCUCGUCUUGUUCGACACCCACGCGUGAUGGCCAUGUCGCAUAAUGCUGGUGGGACGGUGGAUACGCAUAUCGGGUUUGAGAAGCUGGCGAUGGAUAAUAUUCUCAGCUUCUUUUCCAACGGCAAGGCUUUGACGCCGGUGAACGCGCAUAUGAUCAAGGACCAGGCGUCGAGUAAAUUGUAA